AUGGUCGACAGCGAAGCUAGCACACCGACAUGGAAAUUUACACAAUGCUUUGGCGACAAGGGUGAUGUUGAAGACAUCACAGAAGCCGACAUUAUUUCCACCGUCGAGUUCGACCACACCGGGGAUUAUCUCGCUACCGGUGACAAGGGCGGACGCGUUGUCCUCUUCGAGCGCAAUGAGACGAAGAAGUCAUGCGAAUACAAGUUUCACACCGAGUUUCAAUCCCAUGAGCCCGAGUUCGAUUACCUAAAGUCGCUCGAGAUUGAGGAGAAAAUCAACAAGAUCAAGUGGUGCCGCCGGCAAAACUCUUCCCACUACCUUCUGUCUACCAACGAUAAGACGAUCAAGCUCUGGAAAGUCUUUGAGAAGUCUCUCAAGGUUGUCGCCGAGAACAACCUCUCUCAAGACCUCACUCCAGCCAGCGUCGGAGGCGGCGGUGGGGCACCCCGUCCCCCGCCGUCCGCCCAAUUCAAGAAUGCCUCCGAUCUCAAGCUUCCUCGCCUGACGCACCACGAUACUGUCGUAGCUGCCGUCCCACGGAAGACCUACGCCAACGCCCACGCUUAUCACAUCAACAGCAUCUCCGUCAACAGCGACGGGGAGACCUAUCUCAGCAGCGACGACUUGCGCAUCAACCUGUGGAACUUGAACAUCCAGGAUCAGAGCUUCAAUAUUGUUGACAUCAAACCUGCCAACAUGGAGGAGCUGACUGAAGUCAUUACUGCCGCCGAAUUCCACCCCCAGAGCUGCAACUGGUUCAUGUACGCAAGCUCCAAGGGGACCAUCAAGCUGGCGGAUAUGCGAGAAAGUGCUCUCUGUGACAGCCAUGCUAAAAUGUUCGAACAGGAAGAAGACCCCUCAUCGCGGUCAUUCUUUUCCGAGAUUAUCUCCUCCAUCUCGGACGUGCGGUUCUCACACGACGGCCGAUACAUCGUGUCCCGAGACUACCUGACGGUCAAGAUUUGGGACAUUAGUAUGGAGCGCCAGCCAGUCAAGACGAUACCGAUCCAUGAGCACCUCAGGCCACGUCUGUGCGACACGUAUGAGAACGACAGCAUUUUCGACAAAUUCGAAGUGACAUUCUCUGGAGAUGCACAGAACGUCAUGACAGGCAGCUACAACAACAACUUCAUGAUCUAUCCGUCUGACCCAGAAAAGGAGACCGAGGUCGUUCUCCAGGCCGAUAAGUCUGCCUUCAAGGCCAAGAAAAUUGGCGUCCCUACUCCUAUCAAUGCGGCAACGAGUCCUAUUGCGAACGGGAAGAAGGGUGGGUCUCGCUCGGGCAGCCCGACUGGAGGAGCCCAGCGCAUGCGGAAGGAGACAGACGCGGACCAAAUCGAUUUUAACAAGAAGAUUCUGCACAUGAGCUGGCAUCCUUUCGAGGACAGCAUCGCUAUUGCAGCGACCAACAACCUUUUCGUUUUCUCGGCUCUCUAG